GUUGCGAUUAAAAUAUUCGUCACCUUUCGGCAUUUUCCGUAGCUUAAAUUUCAUCACGUUGAAACGAAACGGAAAAUUUACAAAUUAAUACAGAUCUUAAAUUAAACGACAUAUAGGAUUAAAAUGCCGAAAUUUCCUGACAGGUGGCUUGAUUACUCAAACAUAGGAGAUGUUAUUGAGGGAACCAGAAUAAUAACCUUUAAAGUGCCAUUAAAAGAGAAUUUCUUUAAUGAGAAACCUAAAGAUACUAGGUUUACACCAGCAACACUUAUUGAGGACAUCAGAAAGAAAGAACUGAAGCUGGGCCUUGUUAUAGACCUUACAUUUACCACACGCUACUAUGAUAAAGAAGAAUUUACAGAAAAAGGUGUUCAGUAUAAGAAAAUAUUUGUAGAGGGUCAUGUGAUACCAAGUCAAGAUGUGAUGAAUGAAUUUUAUGAUGCAGUUGACGACUUCCUAAAGUCUUCUGAAAAAGAUAGUUUGAUAGGUGUUCACUGCACACAUGGUGUAAACAGAACUGGAUAUGUGGUUUGUAGAUAUAUGGUGGAACAUCUAAAAAAGAAGGCAACAGAAUCAUUACUAGCAUAUAAGACAGCGAGAGGUUAUCCUGUAGAGAGGAUCAACUACAUUAAUGAUUUGAAGAGAAGAGCAAAAGAACCUGUACCAGAAGAAGAUCAGAAACAAGAAGAGCAAGAGGAGAAAGAGAGAAAAGAAAAAUCACUUAAAAAGUUAGCACGAAAAAAUCAACCAAAUAAUCCGAGUGAUGAAGCAGGAGGUCAUUCCCAUAGUGACAGGAGUUAUGAACAUUCUAAUUAUCAAAACAGACAAUACAUCCACAAUUCUUAUGAUGCAGGAUGGGACAGAAAUUAUGAUGAUCAUGGUAAUGUAAUGUGGAAUGGAAACUAUUCUGGAGGUCAGUAUGGGUAUGGGUCAGGUAACUGGGGAUAUCCUAAUGGACAGUAUGUCAAUCAAGAUGUUAUAGCGGAAUAUCAACUUGAUCCAAAUGUUUGUUAUGGAUAUGAUAUACCAGGAAGACCAGCACAUCUUCAACACAACCAGGGAUAUAGUGAUGGUGGUUAUUACAGUAAUAGUGGAGGACCGUAUAUAGCUAGCUCUAAUCUACCUUGGGGGAGUGGAGCAUAUCAAGGACCAUCACAUGGCCAUCAGUCUCAUAUACAAAGUAAUGGAGCUAGUAACUAUAAUUGGAGGAAAGAUUCCUAUGAUGAUAGAAGUUAUAGUAGACAGAAUAGUGAUUCUAGAAAACAUGGGAGAGCUAAUAAAGGAAGUAACCGGAUGAAACCUUUUUAAAAAUUUUGUAUACAGAAUUAGAUUCUCUGUGAUAUCGGAUUACUGCAUUAAGCACUCCACAGUGUGACAGCGUAUGGAUUCCACCUUAACUGUCCUUUCUUCCAGCUGUCUUGGCAUUGCAAAAGUAAUAGAGGGCCAGGUGACUUUAAACAAAACAAAAGAUAAAAAUGAAAUUUAUUAUAUAACUAUAGCAUAAGCGGUCUUGGACCUUUCUACAACAAAAGAAAAUAACAAAAUAAUUCACCAUUUUGUACCAUUCCAUGGCAUGUCCAUCUGUCAGUCAUUCUCCUUUCUGGAGAAAAACUUUAAAAGAAUUGAAGGAAAUGGAUUUAAACCUCACACUGUGCUAGAGAUUAGUAAGAGGAUGUGUAGUGUUCGAGAACCAUAAUUCUACCUUGAUAAAGUUUUAAAUUAUCUGCCCUAAUGGUGCUUUUACAUAUAAAUGCUUAAUAAAUCUUGUUCCUAGACUGUCCAUGAUAUGAAAUUGAAACUUCAUACAGCUAUAGAGAUUAAAGAGCUGAAGUUCAGAAUUAAAGAACUAUUUCUUAACAUAACUUAGUUUUUUAGCUCACCUGUCACAAAGUGACAUGUUGAGCUUUUGUGAUCGCUUUUCGUCCGGCGUCCAGCAGUAAACUUUUACUUUAAACGACAUCUCGUCAUAAAUCGCUAAGCCAAUUUCAUUCCAAUUUCACAGGAAUAUUCCUUUGGUUGUCAACUUAUUGAUAUUCCUUAUAUGUACAUAGUAAAAACUUAAAAAAUUCUUCUUUUAUAAAUUUCAAAGAGCUAGAGCUAAGAUAUUAAGCAUGAAACAUCUUCUAAUCAGUAUCUACCAAGUUUGUUAAAAUAAAGUCCUGGGGUCAAAAUUGGCCCCGGCCUUGGGUGUCAUUGUUUUCCCUAUAUGUAUACAUUAAAAUCUUAAACAUUAUAAUCUUCUUUUAAAAAAAACCCAAAGAGCAGGUUAGAUAUUAAGUAUGAAACAUCUUCUAGUAAGUGUCUACCAAGUUUGUUCAAAUAAAAUCCCUAGGGUCAAAAUUGGCCUGCCCCAGGGGGUCAUUGAUUUUCAUUAUAUGUAAAUAGUAAAAAAAAACAUCUUUGAAAAAACCAAAAGAGCUAGAGCUUAGAUUUUUUAGCAUGAAACAUCCUCUUUUGAGUGUCUACCAAGUUUGUUUAAAUAAAAGCCCUUUGGGUAAAAAUUGGCCCUGCCCCGGAUGGUCAUUGAUUUUCUUUAUAUGUAUAUAUUAAAAACUAACGUUUUUACACAUGCACUAUUUCAGAUACAAAUAUGAACUUUGUGAUAUCAGUUUAAGAUUUAGAUUUUAUAUCUGCUUUUGUUUAUAGUUUACAAUAUUACUUGUUCCUUGUCAUGGAGAGUUUCUAUAUACAGGUGAGCAGUUUCAGGGCCAUUAUGGCCCUCUUGUUUAUUGACUGAUGUUUUUUCAUAUUUGGUAGGUAGAUAACAUGGGUGGCCCUCUAACUUUGGGUAGGGUUAUGAUUCCUCUGGGCCAAGGUCAUUGAUUCUAAAAAUAGAUUUUAUAGCUUGCUUUUACAGCCUUUAUUUAUUAACUUGUCUUUUACAUAACAGAAGCGGUUCUCUGACUUAAAGUGGAGUAAGGUUCAAGAUCACCCAUUCUAAAAUUAGAUUUCUACACAACCUUCUUAUUAUAUAAAUGAUGUAUUUCAUACAGGUGACCCUUUGUUUAAGGACCACCCAACCUACCAAGUAUCAUACUUGGUAGGUUGGGUGGUUCUUAAACAAAUGGUCACUGGGGUUAAUGAAGGUUGCUGGUUCUAAAAAUAGAUUUUUAUACUUUGAUCAUACAGCCUUUAUUUAUUGGAAAUAGGUAUAUCAAAUGUACAGGUUUUGGGGAGCAGCCAUUGCUUUUAUUGAUAUGUCAUGUUUAAUAUUGUCAGUGUCAUGUAUAAUGUUGUCAAUUAAGUUUAUACAGUUUGUAAUUGUUGUAAGCUAAACAAUAUUGUUUAAAAGAAAAAUUUCUCACUUAUCUCUAUGACACCUACUGAUGGGAGAUAGAAAACAACAAAUUUUAUCCCUGUGUAGCCAAUAAAAACCUAGGAUACUUCAGUAACACCUAUUGUUAGUGAAUUACUAUCUAAAUUCAUGUAUUGAACUUUAUUAUUGUCAACAUUAACUCAGAAUUGUCAAGGUCACUUAUUUUUUCUCAUUUGAUACUGUUUGAUUGAAUCUUCGGACCACUUUUUAGCUCACCUGUCACAAAGUGACAGGGUGAGCUUUUGUGAUCGCUUUUCGUCCGGCGUCCGUCCAUCGUCCGUCCGUCCGUAAACUUUUGCUUUAAAUGACAUCUCCUCAUAAACCACUGAGCCAAUUUCAUCCAAACUUCACAGGAAUGUUCCUUUGGUGGUCACCUUUAAAAAUUGUUCAAAGAAUUUAAUUCCAUGCAGAACUCUGGUUGCCAUGGCAACCAAAAGAAAAAACUUUAAAUAUCUUCUUUUAAAAAACCAUAAGAGCUAGAGCUUAGAUAUUUGGCAUGAAACAUCUUCUAGUGAGUGUCUACCAAGUUUGUUCAAAUAAAAGCCCUGGGGUCAAAAUUGGCCCCGCCCCUGGGGGUCAUUGAUUUUCCCUAUAUGCAUAUAGUAAAAACUUAAAAAAUCUUCUUUUAAAGAACCGUAAGAGCUAGAGCUUAGAUAUUUGGCAUGAAACAUCUUCUAGUGAAUGUCUACCAAGUUUGUUCAAAUUAAAGCCCUUGGGUCAAAAUUGGCCCCGACCCAGGGGGUCAUUGAUUUUCCCUAUAUGCAUAUAGUAAAAACUUAAAAAUCUUCUUUUAAAGAACCCAAAGAGCUAGAGCUAAGAUAUUAAGCAUGAAACAUCUUCUAGUGAGUGUCUACCAAGUUUUUUCAAAUUAAAGCCCUGGGGUCAAAAUUGGCCCCGCCCCGGGGGUCAUUGAUUUUCCCUAUAUGCAUAUAGUAAAAACUUAAAAAAUCUUCUUUUAAAGAACCAUAAGAGCUAGAGCUUAGAUAUUUGGCAUGAAACAUCUUCUAGUGAAUGUCUACCAAGUUUGUUCAAAUAAAAGCCCUGGGGUCAAAAUUGACCCCGCCCCAGGGGGUCAUAGAUUUUCCCUAUAUGCAUAUAGUAAAAACUUAAAAAAUCUUCUUUUAAAGAACCCAAAGAGCUAGAGCUAAGAUAUUAAGCAUGAAACAUCUUCUAGUGAGUGUCUACCAAGUUUGUUCAAAUUAAAGCCCUGGGGUCAAAAUUGGCCCCGCCCCGGGGGUCAUUGAUUUUCCUGUAUAUGCAUAUGGUAAAAACUUAAAAAAUCUUCUUUUAAAGAACCAUAAGAGCUAGAGCUUAGAUAUUUGGCAUGAAACAUCUUCUAGUUAAUGUCUAAGUUUGUUCAAAUAAAAGCCCUGGGGUCAAAAUUGACCCUGCCCCAGGGGGUCAUAGAUUUUCCCUAUAUGCAUAUAGUAAAAACUUAAAAAAUCUUCUUUUAAAGAACCCAAAGAGCUAGAGCUAAGAUAUUUAGCAUGAAACAUCUUCUAAUGAGUGUCUACCAAGUUUGUUCAAAUAAAAGCUCUGGGGUCAAAAUUGGCCCCGCCCCAGGGGGUCAUUGAUUUUCCCUAUAUGCAUAUAGUAAAAACUUAAAAAAUCUUCUUUUAAAGAACUCAAAGAGCUAGAGAUAAGAUAUUUAGCAUGAAACAUGUUCUAAUGGGUGUCUACCAAGUAUGUUCAAAUAAAAGCCCUGGGGUCAAAACUGGCCCCGCCCGGGGGGGGGGGGGUCAUUGAUUUUCCUUAUAUGUGUAUAGCAAAAACUUAAAAAUCUUCUUUGGAAAAACCCAAAUAGCUAGAGUUUAGAUAUUAAGCAUGAAACAUCUUUAAGUAUAUAUCUACAAAGUUUGUUAAAAUAAACGCCCUGGGGUCAAAACUGGCCCUGCCCCAGGGGUGACAUUGUUUUUAACUAUAUGUGUAUAGUAAAAACUUUAAAAAUCUUCUUUUAAAAAUGCCAAUGAGCUAGAACUUAGAUGUUUAGCAUGAAACAUCUUCUUAUGGGUGUCUACCAAGUCUGUUCAAAUAAACAAAUAAAAGCCCUUGGGUAAAAAUUGGCCCGGGGGUGGGGGGCCUAUAUACAGGUGAGCGACCUCAGGGCCAUCAUGGCCCUCUUGUUUGUAUUGUAACAAUUCAGUAUACCGAUACUUAGCUUGCUGCUGUAGCCAGAACAAUUUUUUUGAUGUCUUAUGUUGAUACUGUAUAUUCUAUACUUUUAUUUUGGAAUUAAUGAAAUAAAGUUACAUUAAUGAUGGUGGGUGAUGGUUAUGUGGGUGGUGGUGGUGAUGGUGAUCAUGAUGAUGAUGAUUGUAAUGAUGAUGAAUUAUUUCCUAAUUUUAACUCUUGCUAAUUUUUUAAGGUAAAUAAUUGUACAAAAGGCACAUUAAUACAGCAUUUUGUUUUGAUCUUAAUAUUUAAACAAGUUUUUUUUGUCCCCCGCUUUUUCGAAGAAAAAAGGGGGAUAUAGAAAUAGGCUCCGUCCGUCUGUCCGUCCGUCCGUCCGUCUGUCUGUCCGUCCGUCACUAUUUCGUGUCCGGUCCAUAACUUUGUCAUUUAUGAAAGGAAUUUGAAAUAACUUGGCACAAAUGUUUAUUAUAAUAAGACGAUGUGUCAUGCGCAACAACCAGACCCCUACCUCCAGGGUCAAGGUCACACUUGCUCAUUCAAGGUCAACAUUGCCUAUUUGAGGGUAUAUGUCGUGUCCGGUCCAUAACUUUCUUAUCUAUGAAGGGAUUUUGUAAAUACUUGCCAUAAUUGUUCACAAUAAUCAGACGAUGUGUCAUGCGCAAAAACCAGUCACCUACCUUCAAGGUCAAGGUCACACUUGGAGGUCAAAUAUUAACAUAGUCUGUUACAGGGUAUAUUUCGUGUCCGGUCCAUAACUUUGUCAUUUAUCAAAGGAAUUUGAAAUUACUUGGCACAAAUGUUUGUUAUAAUAAGACGAUGUGUCAUGCGCAACAACCAGACCCGUACCUUCAGGGUCAAGGUCGUACUUGCUCAUUCAAGGUUAACAUUGUCUAUUUGAGGGUAUAUGUCGUGUCCAGUCCAUAACUUUCUUAUCUAUGAAGGGAUUUUGUAAAUACUUGCCAUAAUUGUUCACAAUAAUCAGACGAUGUGUCAUGCGCAAAAACCAGUCACCUACCUUCAAGGUCAAGGUCACACUUGCAGGUCAAAUAUUAACAUGAUAGAUUUUUAAAUUCCGUGUUUCAUUUUAUUUUUUUAACAAAUUUAUUGUUACAUUUGCAGAUCUAGCAUUGAUCAAAAUUUUGGACUGAAUGUCCUGAGAUCCAUACCUCAAUCUUUUGAAAUAGCACAAUUUUAUGCUUCAUAUAAAACUCCCGGGGCGGGGGACGUUGGUAACUCUGUUACAAAUUCUUGUUUAUUUACAAGUAAACUAAAUAGAAUAAAUGAAUUUGAAAACAAAUACAAAUGUACUUUAAUGGAGCAGUAAAAAAUAUUUUGUAUUGGUAAUAAUCACCACUUUUACAUCUCCUUUGUUAAAAAUGUCCAUGGUUGAGUGGUUAAGUUUAUUGACUUUAAACCACUUGCUCCCUGCAGUUGUGGAUACGAAUCCUGCUAGAGACUUUGGAUUCUUUCUUGUGAGGAUGCUAUCCAGUUAAUUUGUAUGGUGGAGAUCUGAAAUCUCAAGUAAAUGAAAAACCACCAUGUGAUAUCUGAGUUGCUGCAACAUAAAACCCAGCCCACAAAUAAUGUUAUUUAUAUUAAAAUUCUCUUUUGUUGAUAUCAAUGUAUAUCUGUUUUAAAUUAACAGUAUCAUAUUUAUGCCUUGGUUAAGCUUGAUAACCAACAAAAUAAAGAAACAAAAUAGA